AUGCAUGAAGAACUUCCGCAUAUCGUUGUUUUAUCUUAUAAUGAAAAGAAUGUAGAAAAUUUUAUAGCAUACAUAAAAAAUAAAUUUGAAGUGUUAGAAGAUUAUGUUAAUAGUGAUAAGUAUAAAAUUACUUACAAUGAUAAUAAAAGGAAUGAAAAAAAUGAAGGGAAUUAUAUUUUUCAAAAUAUUAGCAAAAUAAAAAUUGUAAAUAAAUAUUAUAGUGCAGACGUUAUCCUUUCGUCAUGUAUUUAUAACAAAAUAUUAAAUGUCGAAAAAGAAAUACAUAUAGAUAAUAUACUAUAUGAAAGUAUAAUAUUUUUAUUUGACGAUUUUAAUAUAAAAGAAAAAAAUAUUAUUAAUCAUAAUCCUUUUAGAAGCUAUAAUAAUGAUGAUUGUAUGGAAUAUAUAAAAGAUGAAAAAAAUGGGAAUAUGAUAAGAAAUACAAACUUUGAUUUUUCAAAUUUAUAUAAAGAUAUCGGUAUUAAAAUUGCAAUAUUUCCAUUGUCAUUUCAAGAAGAAAAAAAUACAGACAUUCUUUAUUUUUUUAGUGAAUAUUUUAUUGAAGCUUUAUAUAUAAAUUAUAAUUUAACACAUAUUAAACAAGAACUUCCGGAUCAACAAGAAGAAAAUAUAAAUAAGACUGAUAUAAAUGAUAAAACAAAUAAAUAUAAAAAUAAAAACCUUAUCAACGAUAAAUAUGAAGAAUUUUAUGAGGAUGAUGAACGCUUAGUUGAAGCAUUACACUGUCAUAUGUGGAAAGGCUUGCAAAUGAAAAAGGCAAAUAUAAUCAUGCAUGAGAAUUUAGAAAAAAAUACACAAAACAAAGAUGAAAAGACAGAUGAUAAAACAAAGGAUAAUGAACAAAAGGAAAAAGAAGAAGAAGAUAAAACAAAGAAUAAUGACAAAAAAGAAGAAGAUAAAACAAAGAAUAAUGACAAAAAAGAAGAAGAUAAAACAAAGAAUAAUGACAAAAAAGAAGAAGAAGAUAAAAUGACAGAAGAUAAAGAAAAUUCUCAAAAUAUACCAAAAAAAGAUCAAAUUGAAUUAAAAAAUGAAGAAGAAAAAAAAAAAUCAAAAGAUGAGAAGGAAGAUUUGUUUAUGCAAAAUUUUAACAAAAUUGUAGAAAAAAUAAAACAAGUUAAAAUUGAAAAUACAAAUUGUAAUAAUGAUACUGUAAGAAGAAAAAAAGCUGAAGAUUUAAUACUUGAAUUACAGCAAUAUUUUUGUGACAUCGAAGAAUAA